AUGUCCUUUGGGCUUAAGAACGCUGGGGCAACUUACCAGCGGGCUAUGGUAGCCUUAUUCUAUGACAUGAUGCACAAAGAAAUUGAGGUAUAUGUGGAUGAUAUGAUUGCCAAGUCAAAGAACGAGGAGCAACACCUUGUCAACUUAUGGAAGUUGUUCAAGAGGUUGUGUAAGUACCAAUUAAGGUUGAAUCCUGCCAAGUGCACUUUUGGGGUCAAGUUGGGAAAGUUGCUUGAUUUUAUCGUAAGCCAGAAAAGGAUAGAGGUAGACCCGGACAAAGCGAAAGCCAUCCUCAAAAUGCCCGAGCCACGUACUGAGAAGCAGCUAUUGCGUAAGAACCAGUCUGUCCAAUGGGACGACGACUGCCAAGUGGCGUUCGGAAGGAUUAAGCCAUGCCUCAUGAACCCUCUUGUGCUUGUGCCACCAGUGCUCGAAAGACCCCUUAUCCUAUAUAUGACUGUGUUGGAUGAGUCGAUGGGGUCCCACCAUCUAAGGCAAUACAUGCUGAACUACACCACUUGGUUGGUGUCCAAAAUGGACCCAGUCAAGUACAUCUUUGAAAAACCCGCUCUCACGGGACGAAUCGCUCGGUGGCAGGUACUGCUGUUAGAAUUUGACAUUGUUUAUGUCCCUCAAAAGGAAAUAAAGGAGAAUGCCUUGACAGAUUACCUGGCUCAACAACCCAUUAACGACUACCAGCCUAUGCAUCCAAAGUUCCCAGAUGAGGACAUCAUAACCUUGUUCAAGGAGGAGGUAGAGGAUGAAGAUAGGGACAAAUGGAUUGUGUGGUUUGACGGUGCGUCUAACGCACUAGGCCAUGGAGUUGGGGCGGUUUUGGUUACCCCUGACGAUCAAUGUAUACCCUUCAUGGCUAGGUUGGGUUUUGACUGCACGAACAACAUGGCUGAGUAUGAGGCGUGCGCCCUUGGGAUCCAAGCGACAAUUGACUUCAAGGUCAAGUUGCUCAAGGUAUAUGGGGACUCAGCCUUGGUAAUCUACCAGUUGAGAGGAGAAUGGGAGACCAGGGAUCAUAAGUUGAUACCCUACCAGGCCUACAUCAAGAAACUAACAAAAUUCUUUGAUGACAUAUCCUUUCAUCACAUUCCUAGGGAGGAGAAUCAGAUGGUCGAUGCCCUUGCCAUUCUAGCGUCCAUGUUCCAGCUGACCCCGCACGAGGAUUUGUCGUACAUCAAAUUCAGAUGUCCCGACAAGGAAUACCCACGGGAGGCCUCUAACAACGACAAGAGAACGCUGCGAAGGUUGGCAGCCAGCUUUUUCCUAAGUGGAAAUAUCCUGUACAAGAGGAACCAUGAUAUGGUUUUCCUUCGAUGUGUGGAUGCCAAGGAGGCUAAGCAGAUGCUAGUGGAAGUGCAUGAGGGAUCCUUUGGAACACAUGCCAAUGGACAUGCCAUGGCCCAGAAGAUUUUGAGAGUAGGGUAUUACUGGCUCACUAUGGAAAACGAUUGUUGCAUCCAUGUGAGGAAGUGCCACAAGUGCCAGGCCUUCAUCGAUAAUGUCAAUGCUCUGCCCAUACCUUUGAACGUCUUGGCAGCGCCUUGGCCAUUCUCUAUGUGGGGUAUAGAUGUGAUUGGAGCUAUUGAGCCCAAAGUUUCGAAUGGACAUCGCUUUAUUUCGGUUGCCAUUGACUACUUCACCAAAUGGGUCGAAGUGGCUUCGUAUGCCAGUGUGACUAGGAGUGUGGUGGUGUAUGGGAUGGAGGAUGUGCUUCCGUUUGAAGUAGAGAUUCCCGCUUUGAGAAUUCUAGCCGAAUCAGGGUUGGAGGAAUCAGAAUAG